AUGGAGUCACUACAAAAAACCAGGGAGCUGAUAAGACAGGCCUAUGCUGAUGUUAAUGUGGAGGUGGCAGAGCAGCUGAAGAAUGAAGCAGAUGCUGUCAUUAACAUUAGUGUCUCCUUUGAUGGCACUUGGCAAAAGAGGGGAUUCACCUCUCACUGUGGCAUUGGUGUCUGCAUAGACAUUCUUACUGGCCUAGUGAUAGAUUAUGAGGUGCUGUCCUCCUACUGCCACUCCUGUGCCAUAAAAGAAAAUGCAAAGAAUGAGGGCAAGAUGACAGAGCAGGAGCUGACCAGCUGGAGGGAGACACACAGUGACUGCUCCAAAAACUUCACUGGCUCCAGCAAGGCAAUGGAGCAGGAAGCAGCAAAGAGAAUGUGGGCCAGAUCUGUCUCUCGUCACCAAAUGAGAUACACCGAGAUGCUAUCCGAUGGGGACAGUGCUGCUUUCAGAGAGGUGACGUCCCUUAACCCAUACCCUGGCCAUGAAAUUGUGAAGCUUGAAUGCAUUAACCAUGCACACAAGCGUAUGGGCACAGCACUGCGGAAGCUGUGCACAGAAAAGAGGUUGGGGGGCAAGGGUGUGGGAAAGCUAACAGCAAACAAAUGCAAAACACUCCAGAAUUACUACAGAGGGGCCAUUCUUAACAAUCAAGGGUCAUUGGAGAAAAUGAAGGCAGAGAUUUGGGCGGGUCUACUGCACUCCAUGUCAACAGAUGAAAAUCCACUCCACACAAGGUGCAGUCCAACGUGGUGUUGGUACCGCAGGGCAGAGGAGAGUAGUAGAACCCCAGAGAGCCACAAGGGACACUCUGCUAACUUUUUGUCGAAGGAGGUGGGGCAGCAGCUCCCAGUCUACCACCGCAUGUCAAGAGACAGCCUGCUGCAAAGGAUGCAGCAUGGUGGCACGCAGAAUGCAAACGAAUGUUUGAACUCUGUAAUUUGGGCCCGCUGUCCGAAAACAGUGUUUGUGGGUCGGAGCAGGCUGGCGGCAGCUGCGAGUAUGGCCAUAGCCACUUUUAAUGAGGGGGCCUCAGCCAUGCUGUCGGUCAUGGAGAGGCUGUGGCUUGAGAGCACCGUCAUCACGCUGAGUGAAAUGUCGGCCUCCGACACAGUCAGAGUGGCAAAGGCAGAGGCUACUCUGAAUGCAUCAUCCAAGCGUAAGCGCAAGGUUGUCAGUUCAGCAAAAAAAAUAAAAAGACACCAGCAGGAACUGAAAGAGGGGCCCACAUAUGGUGCUGGGAUGAGCUAAUAUGUUAUUAUUAAAGUGAUUCAUUGACAGUGUUGUGUUCCCAAGUUGUUGCACAGGCAUGUUAUAGUUUGGUUUGUCACUGCUUGUUUGUUAUUGUCUGUUUGUUUACUUCAUAAAUUGCUAUCCUGCGCCCAAUAUUUGUUCCAGCCAUUCACUGAACCAGUUGUUAAGUAAAAUAGCAUUCUUGAAGUGCACAUAUAUGGACCAAAACAGGUGAUUUCACUUCACAAUGGUGCAGUGAAUGGGUGGAAGAGAUAGGGGGUACAGGAUUACAACCUCGAAAGCCAGAUCACUGAUGAUGGUGCACUGUACAUGCCAUGUUGAUACCAUUUAUGAUAAAAUAAAAAAUAUUCACCUGUUAUAAAUGUAAUAGAGUAAUCAGUUUUAGUGUAAUACAUGCAUAUCUUCAUCCUGCAUUCAUCCUAAUGCCAUUUUUUAAUGUAUGUUGUGACUUUUAACAGAAAUUGUGAAGUCAAAUUGGGUUUGUAUGUGUUUGGUUUUAAAUUCCACUAAGAAAAAUACACGGGGGGAAAACAUAGAAAAAAUGGGUGGUAUUUAAGCUGUACCAAGUACCAAGCGAGUUAGCUGAUUAGUUAGAGCAGCGCGAUGUGGCUGAUCAGCGUCAGCUGCGCUCGUUUGUACUGAUCUGGUCUGCGCGCCAAAUUCAAGCGCAGGUGGUUUAAUUAGGCUGCUCAGCUCAGUUUGGGGAAACGCUGCUGAAAACCACAUGUACAAAAUUGCCGUGCUUGGUUAACAGUUUGAAGAUAUUGUGCAUACGUGACUCUGGAGACUGGGGAGGCAACCGGUUUUUUACCUAAUGGGCUGACCUGCUACUACCACGAAUUGUUCCUCCUGCUAACAAACUCAACUCAAUGAACUUGUGGCCCGAAUUUAAAUACAAAGAGAAAAAAGGAAAAGUCAAAAGGAAACAACUCUUGUCUUGUCUAGUCCUUUGAGUGGAAUCCAGUGCACCUUCAAACUCCACCAGAAGUCACUUCCUUUUUCGAGUUGGGGAAAAUGCACAAAUCAAAAUAACCACAUGAAAAAUCCAAGCAAACCCAGAACAACUUGACAGAAAUCUAUGGAUUUUUCCUAUACAAAUCUUUAACGGCCAUUUUCUCAAAAUGAGG